ACAAGAUGGCGCCAAAAGCGAAGAAGGAAGCUCCUGCCCCUCCUAAAGCUGAAGCCAAAGCGAAUGCUUUAAAGGCCAAGAAGGCAGUGUCGAAAGGUGUCCACAGCCACACAAAAAACAAGAUCCACAUGUCACCCACCUUCCGGAGGCCCAAGACACUGCGACUCCGGAGGCAGCCCAAAUAUCCUCGGAAGAGCACCCCCAGGAGAAACAAGCUUGACCACUAUGCUAUCAUCAAGUUUCCGCUGACCACUGAGUCCACCAUGAAGAAGACAGAAGAAAACAACACUCUUGUGUUCAUUGUGGAUGUUAAAGCCACCACCAAGAACCAGAUCAAACAGGCUGGGAAGAAGCUCUAUGACAUUGAUGUGGCCAAAGUCAACACCCUGAUUCGGCCUGAUGGAGAGAAGAAGGCAUAUGUUCGACUGGCUCCUAAUUACAAUGCUUUAGAUGUUGCCAACAAAAUUGGGAUCAUCUAAACUGAG